AGCGUCUGUCUGCUGUUUCGAGUUUGUUUGAUUGUUUCGAAAUCAUGCGAUUGUCCGAUUUUUAUCUUUGCUUAUAUUUUAAUUUAGCUAAUCAUUAAUCCCUUUUUUAAAGAAUCUUUUUAUUUGCUUUAAUUUCGCUUAAAAAUGGUUGAUUACCUCCGCUCUUUUAUUCCUUUAUUCAUAUCAGAAAGAUGCUUCGACGAAUUAUUUGUAAAAUUAAAUAUUACGGAUGGUGAUUGUUUAAAGCAAACUAUCAGUAAAGCACUUGGAACUGGAAUAAUCCUGGGCUCUACAUUGGUGAAGUUUCCCCAAAUUUUGAAAAUUCUGAAAGCAAAAAGUGCAGAAGGAAUAAGUUUCCUUGGAGUUUUAUUAGAACUUAUAGCCGUUACAUCUGCAGCUUCAUACAGUUAUGCAAAGGGUUAUCCAUUUAGCUCCUGGGGUGAAUCUUGCUUUUUAAUGGUCGAGACUGCCAUUAUUGGCUUUUUAGUUCUUUUGUACAGUAGCCAAUUCAGGCAAGCCAACAUAUUUGCUGCACUGUACAGUGUUGCUACAUAUGUACUUUUCAAUGGAAUGGUUCCAGUGUCUGCUCUUUGGAGUAUGCAGAUUGCCAAUUUACCAGUUGUUGUGACUGGCAAAAUGAUUCAAGCUGCCAAAAAUUACAAAAAUGGACAUACAGGGCAACUAUCAGCCGUUACUGUGUUUCUACUUUUCUUGGGAACCUUGGCGAGAAUUUUCACGUCCAUUCAGGAAACUGGGGACUCGGUUAUCAUAUUUACAUUCAUUGUGGCUGCUUUUUCGAAUGGUGUCCUGGCCGCCCAAGUCUUGUACUACUGGAAUGUAACCAACAAAGUUCUCAUGAAAGCUGACAAAAAGAAGAAAUAAACUGUCGCCAACUUUACACGCAGAAUAUUCCAAUAAUAUGUGAUUUAUAAAUAUAAUAUUUAUUUCUACGCCUCUUCUUAUUUUGGCGUUGAAAUCGAGCUCUAGCAAAGAUCUGAAAUGUAGACUAAUUUUAAACAUUCGAUUUAAAUGUAUGAUUUCGCAACGACAUUGAAGAAAAUUUAUUUUAAAAGAAAUGGAGUAGGAAUUUGACUGAUUUAAUUUUUUCUUGCAAAACUUAAAUAUAUAGUGAAAGAAUGACUAUGAACAGCCACAGUCUCAAAUAACAUUAAAUAUUUAUUUUUUCUCAAUAAUAUGCUUUGUUUACUUUUAUUUUAUAUAUUUCUUUGAAUAACACAAACAGUUCUUGAACAAGAUAUUUAAUGUAUAAAAUGCUCAAAUGUAAAGAGUUUUAGAAAUUUUUUUAAAGUUUUUGACACUUUUUUUUUUUUUGGUAUGAGACUUUUUUAAGUAUUUCAAUUAUUGUUAAUCUUCUGUCGAUGUCUAAGAUUUUAAGUAAGUAUUGCUUUUGUAAGUUUGUAAUAAACUAUCAAUAAAUUCCUUGUAUCUUUAUGUUCGUUAAGAACAUGAAAACAUUCGUAAUUUUAGCUGAACUUGUGAUUGAAAUGAAUAUUGCUUUAUUUAUUGCACAAUUUAUGUAAUUAUUUUUAAUUUAUUGAUAUUUGCUUUUACCUUUUAAUGUAUUAAUUUUUGUUCAUAAUUUAUUGUUAAUAAAUAUUUGCUCCAAAAAUACUAAUUACAAUAAUAUGUAUUUUUAGGUUAUGGUUCAAAUAUAUAUAAAGUUGUUUUUUUUUUCUUCAAAUAUUUAUAAGUGAUGCAUUCCUAAUUCCUCGGUAUUAUUUUGUACAAUUGUAUUUCUUUCCUGUAGAAUUAUCCAUAUCAGCCAAAUUUUAAAACUUUUUCGCUUUUAAUUUUUUUCCUGUGACAGCAAAAUCUACUCUUUUAUAUUCGAUUCUUGUUUUAAUAAUUUUGAUAUAAAAUGAUUUUGAUCACAACAGGAUCGGUUAAGCAUGCAGCAAUUUUUUUUAAAAAAACAGUUUAAAGUUAAAAAAGUAAUUAAAUUAUAAUCUGGCAAAAAAA